CCAAAGGGCCACCACAGAAGUCCCCCGAUGAAAGAUGGCCGCUAGUUAACUACCCCGUCGACCCAGCCUUCACAGAGCUAGCAUUAUAUAUAUGAUAUCUACGGUAACACGUGUUGUCGUCGCAUGAAGACCAGUGGCAGUCGAUAAGCACUGUCAAAGUUAUCAUUUUGAAGAUGUCUUACAGAGGUGGCGGUGGACGAGGGGGUGGAAGAGGUGGAGGGUUUAACCGGGGAGGAGGUGGAUUUAACAACCGAGGCGGAGGAGGCAGAGGAGGCUUCGGCGGCCGGGGUGGGGGUCGUGGUGGUUUCAGACAGCAAGACUAUGGACCACCAGAAUACGUUGUCGCUUUAGGGGAGUUUAUGCAUCCCUGCGAGGACGACAUCGUGUGCAAAUGUACGACACAGGAAAACAAGGUCCCUUACUUCAACGCGCCUGUUUACUUGGAAAACAAGGAGCAGAUUGGAAAGGUGGACGAGAUAUUUGGACAGCUACGGGACUUUUACUUUUCCGUCAAAUUGUCUGAAAACAUGAAGGCGUCUUCGUUUAAGAAAUUGCAGAAGUUUUACAUAGAUCCCAUGAAGCUUCUACCACUGCAGAGGUUCCUGCCCAGGCCGCCCGGUGAAAAGGGUCCGCCGAGAGGAGGCCGAGGUGGGGGAAGAGGUGGAGGAAGGGGAGGUGGUCGUGGAGGUGGAUUUCGAGGAAGGGGAGGUGGAGGCUUCGGAGGAGGUGGUAGAGGUGGCGGUUUUGGACGUGGAGGAGGCGGUUUUAGAGGAAGGGGAGGAGGCGGCGGAGGACGUGGAUUCAGAGGUGGUAGAUGAUCUCUUGUGGGUCCACAGUUUAUCCCAAUCCUCUGUGAGGGUUACGAAUUUGGACAUUACCUCUUGGAUGCAUCUUUCUUUUUUAUUGUUUUAAUACUCAUAUGAUUAAUGAGCCUUAUAUGGUAAACGUUAGUCAAGAAUCUGAACAUCUGAAGACAUGUAUUGACAGAGUCAUUAGUCAAUUUUUGACAAAUGUGAGUUUGGAAUCUCUGAGUUAUAACUUGGGAAUCAUCAUCUGUAAGAAACCAUGUCAUAAUUAUCAUGAUUAAAUGUUUUUGUGCAAAAUAUAGUGUUUUUGGGGGGGUUUUCCCCCCCAAAGUCUCCCUGUGCCUUUAUUUGCGGCAUUUGUGGUGUAAAGUGCUGGUUGUUUCUACCAUG